GUGAAGGGGAGGGGAAAUCGGAACGGGUGAUGAGUAAUCCACAGUCUGUGAAGAACGGGAGAGGCUGGAGGCAACAACAACAAAAAAACACCCUUGAAGGAACCCGGAGGCAGAGCAAAUGAUGGAGCCAGGAGAUAUCCACGCCCCCUCCUCCCCCGGCCGCAGAAAGCAGGGUCGCGAUCUCUGUCAGAUCAAACUCACUUGUUCCUCCGAACGGUGGCUGCAAUCCAAUCGCCCGGCGGCUCUGAAACGGCGGCGCUCAGCUCCUCAGGCGGGCCUCUUCCUUGGCUUGUCACCGCGGCCGAAAGCACCAGCCCAUCGGCGAGCCAGCCAAUGAGUGGAGAGGGAGCCCUCGCCAAGAGGCAGGGCUACGGCCUAGCAAGUUCCUCUGAGCCUGUCGGGAAGCUUGGCGGGCGGGAGGUAUGGCCAGGGUGAGGCUGUCAGCCGGGAAGGGCGAGGCGGGAGAGGCUUGGUGUCCCUGGCUGCCCUUGCGGGGAUCGGAUGAGGAGGCGUUUAGGAAAAGCUGCGGCUGCGGCAGCUGCUCCUCCGGGUGGCCUUUUCCCUGUUCCUCGCUCCGCAGGCAUGCGGGCGCCUCGUCUGCUAUGGGCUGAUUGACACAUGCUGUGGGUUAGGGUGGCAAAUCCUGUCCCCCGCCCCCACUGCAAUCCCUCAGAGCUAUGCCGGUUCUGCAGGUGGGAGCUGCCCGUUGUAGCAGGGCUUAAAUUCAACCCUGGGGCCUUUUCUUCAGUAGCCCGGCUGAGGAAUGUGCGAGAUGUUCGUGAAAAGUGUCUUUGAGCACGUGCAGAAUGGCUCCUUCCUGCAGUCCGAUCUGGAAGAUGGAGCGCUAUGAUAUCCAGCAAAGAGACCCUGAUCACCCAUGGCAUCCACCACUCUAUCCAGUUCACUGUUCUCCCUCCUCUAUCUGGUGCUCUUGACAUUUGUGGGCAGUGCUGUGCUCCUCGCCGAGAUGCACCAGCACAGCUCGCUGAGCCGCAAUGUCCAUAUCUUUCUGGAAGCGCUCAUGAUUUCUUCCUGCUUCUGGAUGGUCUGGUUUGGCUGUUACUCUUCCCGCAACAAGGAGCUGAAAAUGCACCAGGACCACCAAGCUGGAGCAAGCUGGCUAAAAGGUGGUCUCUCUCUCUUUGCACUGGCCACGUUGGUCCUGGACUGCCUCUCCUUGGGAUACUACCAUGAGCUGCAGCACUGCUCCUCCAUGCUAAUUACCACCUUCCCUGUUGUGCAAGCUCUUUUUACCAUUAUACAGGUCUCAUUGCUGUUGUUUAAUGCGAAGAUUUGCAUACAGGAACACCAACAUCUAAAUAGGUUUGGGCUGAUGCACACUCUAGCCACUAAUGUGCUCCUGUGGAUGAGUGUGGUGCUGGAUGAGUCCAUGAAGCAGCUAGAAGAAUUUUAUGAUGCUCACAAGGGAGAGACUUCCCAGGCCUCCCAUGGUGGGUACAACACCAACAGCUGUGUCUGCACCACCAGCCUUUGCCACAUCUUUGCAGAAGGUGCUGCCUACCUGUAUCCCUUCAACAUUGAGUUUAGCCUCUUCUCUUCUACAAUGCUGUACAUCAUCUGGAAGAACACUGGGCGGCAAACCCUUCACCAAGAGCCCCAGCUCACUCACAGGGCACACUUCCAUCUCAGUGGGGCUUUUGUUGGCCUGGUGCUAGGAGCCUUGGCCAUUUCAGCAACUUUCGGGGUGAUGAUCUCCUUUGGAGUGCUUGCCAAGUCUCCUGAAACCAUUCCUGAAGCCCUUCGAACAUACUACAUCUUCAACUCUGUGCUCUUAUCUGCCAUGUUCUUGGCAACUCUGAUUGGCAUUGCCUCCUACAGAAUGAAACAGAAAGCUGCAGCUCUCCCUUCUGACAAGAGUGUGGUAAGAAACUUAGAUGUAACCUUGCUUCUGGGCAGCUCCUGUGGUCCCCUCAUGGUAUCCAUCUACUCUUUGGUUGCAAUCUUCUUUCUUCAUACCAAUGGUGGCCUCUACCUCCUGGACUUCUGCUUCUCCCUCUGCAAGACCAUCCAGAUCUUGGGACAGAAUCUCUUCAUUACUGAAGCUAUGUACUCUAGCCUCUUUCAUGAGCCAGAUGCCCAAGACAAUAGCAACUCUGCUGGUGACAACUGGGUUUUCUCCAUUUCCAGAGGUCCUACAGAGCAGGACAGCAAUAGACCUUGCUCCAAAACCCACACACUGACCCGCAUCAUGACCAGUUUGGAGAAUCAGCUCCCCAGGCAUUUGUCCGACUGUGGUGGUGACCCAUCUCUCUUCCACAUUUCACACAUUCAAGGAGAACCUAAAAAGCAAAGUAUCAGAAGGAAGAUCUUACAAAACAUCUCAAUUCUCCUUAUCUUCUACAACAUCUCGGUGUGGAUUCUAUAUGCCUACGGCACCCGCCCACAUCUGGUGAGCCAGAUUGAGCAGUCUUUCUAUGGUUUCACACUCUGGGCCAUUGUGGUCAAGAUUUCCCUGCCACUGGGCAUCUUUUACCGCAUGCAUUCAGUGGCCAGUCUCUUUGAAGUUUACUGCAAGACCUGCCGAGCACCAGCCUUGGAACAACCAAUGUGUCCAAACUUCAUGGGCAGACCAGCAUAAGUGGACAUAUGAAUGAAGCUAGAAGGAGCUGCCCCUUAUAGAAUGGAGAGUUGCUAUGCUAUCUGCCCAUGUACCAACCAUACUUUCUCUCACCUAAAUACACAUAUCAGUGUUACUAACUGGUACACUUCACAGGGAGACCAAACUACACAGCAUGGAUCCAACAUGCCUCAGACUAUCCCUCUUAAGUCCAAAUAGCAUCUGUAUGAUUAACUGAGAAAGUCCAUUCUAUAAGAGAUGGGCUCAGCCCCCACAGCAAGUCUACCUGAUCUCCAGUAGCUUUAGUCGAUUUUGCUCGCAGUUUCACUCCUAAGGAAAGAAGUAAUGAGACCUUUAUGUGUAUACUUGAUAUACAUUUUAUUGUAUUGCUGUGUAGUGCAUGCAGGUGAAAGACACUUGAAGGCUAUCCCUUAAAUAAUCAGUGGGGAACCUGUGCCUUUCCAGAUGUUAUUUGGACUACACCUCCCAUCAUCCCUGACCAAUAGUCCAUGCUGGCUGGAUCUGAUAUGAGUUUGACUUCAACAACAUCUAGAGGGUUCCCCAUCCCUGCCUUAAAGGUUUAUUUCAGGAAAACAAGUGGAUUUUCAACAUCCCUAAUUGAUGGCUUUACACUAUCCUAAACACAUGCAAUGAUGAAUCCCCUUACUGCUGUAUUAAGUCAAUUGUAUUAUACAGAUCCUGACAUUACAUGUUAAAUGCCCCCCAGAUUAGUAUCUGGAGAAGAGAAGGAGAAUACAGGAGUUCACCUGCUGUGCAUAACCAAACAUGUAUGAUGCAGGGACCAAUAAAGCUGUUCUUCAUGCAGCGUUCUCAUCUCCCUUUGAAAACUUCACAAAGCCCCAAACAAAGUAUAUUUAAACAGCACUGCAAGUUUUUAAUGGGAUGAUUUGUCUUCUAGCCAAGGAUAAGUAGGGUCAAGUACUUUUAAACAGUAUGUUUUAGUUUAAGAUGUUAUAUAAUAUGGGCUUUCUUUAUUACAUAUCUCUAGUCAAAAAGCCAUGUUCCCUUGUGAACAAUCUUCCAGGGGCCACAUUCCAGUGCUGGACAGGGCCAGAAGAAAAAAGUGGAUGGAGCAAUAGAUGUGGCUCUUAUCUUUGUACAGUAGGCUACAUACACUAGCCACACAAAAGUUAGAUGAUUCUAUACACACACACACACUUCCAUCCAGGCAAGCAAGUUCACAUUAACACAGUUCC